AUGCGUUCUACUACUUUCGCCUCUGCCUUGGCCUUUGCCGCCUCGGCCUUCGCCCAGACUCCUGGUUACGCCGUUCUCACCUCUCCUGCUGAGGGUCAACAGGUCGCCUCUGGCAAGACCUUCACCAUCAAGUGGGAGGCCGGUCAGUACACUGGCCCUGCUACCAUCACCCUUCUCGGUGGUGAGACUCCUACCACUCUCACUCCUGGCCCCGUCCUCGCAACUGUUGACGUUUCCGAGGGUACCUUCUCCUGGACUGUUGACUGUGCGCUUGGCACCGACAAGACCUACGGUAUCAAGAUCGCCUCCGUCGCCAACUCUGCGACUUUCCAGUACAGCUUCCCAUUCGCCAUCGCUGGCCCAUCGUGCAACACUGUCGAGAGCAGCAGCAGCUCGGUCGCUUCUAGCAGCUCUGCUGGUGGCUACCCCACCGAGGGCUACCCUACUCAGGCUUACCCUACCUUGACCAGCAGCUCCGUCAUCAGCUCUGCCAGCAGCUCUGCUCCCCCCUCUUACCCUACUGCUACCGUUUCCAGCAGCAGCAGCAGCAGCGUCGUCGUUAGCAACACCACCAGCGCUAGCAGCACCAAGGUCCCGACCUACCCUACCGUGAUCCCCUCCGGUAACCUGUCCACCACUGCUCAGGUUCCCACCUACGUCCCCACGACCAUCAUCACCAGCUCCAGCUACGCUGUUGUGACCCCUGCCCCUAGUGCCAGCGCCACCACCUCAGCUCCCGUCACCAUCCCCACUGCUGGUGCUAGCAACGUUGCUGCUGGCUCGCUGGCUUUGGUCGGUGGUCUUGCCUUCGCCCUCUUCGGCAUGUAA